AUGAGGGAUGAAAUUCAUGUAAUGGAGGAGUUGGCGAAAAUGGAGCCAACACCAUGCUAUUGUAGGAGAAUGGGGAAAAUGCGAACUUCUUGGACUACUACAAACCCAGGAAGAAGGUUUAUUGGGUGUGAGAGAUAUGGGGUAAUUUCUAUUUUUAUAUCAUUUGUUAGUUUGGUGAUUGGCUUGCUGCUACUACUUGGCUCCCUAAUGAUACUGCUCGGCUUGCUGCUACUGAUUGGCACCCUACAGCUACUUGACUCCCUCCUGGCACUGCUUCGCUUGUUGCUACUAAUUGGCUCCCUGUUGGUACUGCUUGACUUGCUGCUACUGAUUGGCUCCCUGCAACUGCUUGACUUUCUCCAGAUUGGCUUCCUUCAGCUUGUAGUCAUUCUCCUUCUGUCAAUGCAGUAG